AUGUCUCACGUCGCUCAUGCUGUGGAAACCUCUAAAACAUGGGCCCGAGAUGGCUUCAUGAUAUCAACGGAUACGGCGUUGAUCCCUAUUGACGCUCUUAACAAGGCUUUUGCCUCGGAUGAUAUGUACUGGGCCUCACCACUUCCCGAGCCAGUCAUGCGAGACCUAUUGGACAACUCCCUCUGCUUUGGCCUCUACUCACCCACGCCAGCACCACCAACGCCGGUGGAACCGAGUCAGGAAGGUACCGACGUGGCGCCCUCUGACCCCGCAGAAACGUUACACGAGAUCGCGACAUCCGUCAGAUCAGACGUGACCAGCGAUGUCACGGCCCAUGCAGGUCCAGCGGGGACAAAGCGAGAGGAACAGGGACCUUCACUGAUUGGCUUCGCCCGUUGCAUCACCGAUCGAGUCAGUUUCCUCUAUCUAACAGAUGUGUACGUCCAGCCCGAGUGGCAGGGCCAGGGGCUGGGGAAGUGGCUCAUCAGCUGUGUUCAAGAGGUCGUGGAAGACAUGCCUUAUUUGAGACGGAGUAUGUGCAUCGUCGGCCAUGGCAAGGAGAGGAGCAUGGACUUCUACGGCAAGUUGAUGAAGAUGACUCCAGUCAAAGAGCCGGUGGCUGUUCUCAACUGGAAAGGGCCGGGCAACGUGUUCUGA